AUGGGUGCCAGAUGGCCGCGGUACGCCGUCGCAUGCGCUUCCUGGGAUUGGUCUCGGGACUUGAACGGCACGUCUGUGGUAUCGGUCCUGCGCGACCUCAUAUGGACCGUGCUCGCGGCCCAACCAAAGUUGCAGAAGCACCUGGAGGAGGCGGUGCAGGCGACAGACCGGCGCCCGCUGCUCGGUGGCAACAUCAAUGACUUACAGGCGCGGUACGCCGUGCUGGGCACGUCGUGUGACUUUUAUGCCAUGCUGGCCCUGCUGUGCAGUAUCGUUGGCGACCCGGAGUUUGCGCCGACGUGUUUUGUCCAGGACAGUCUCUGGGCCUAUCAGCCUCGCCGACUAUCCAUCUCGGAGGAUACUGACGGACAGUACCUGCUGCACACUGAGAUUGGUGUCUGGGUGCUACCAUCGCUGCCCACGGACGGUAAAGCCGGCCUACAACCUUCCCCUCGUUACCCCUGCAGCGUCGUCCGCACCGGCGCCCACAUGGCCAUCCUCUGGCAAACCCGCUUGCUCACCAAGAUUCCCCCGUUAUACGCCCCGUUUCAGCCCUAUUAUUUUGCAAGCUUUACAUGCGAGAUCUGCACUGUUGACGGCGGCACGAGUGGUCUCCUUGUCGGCACCGAUGCGGGUCAUCAUCUUCACCAUUUUCGGUUUCGGGGUAAGGAAACGAUCGCGGAGGCAACGGGAGAAAUGGACUUACCAUAG